UAGCUCCAUGUGCUCGAAAAAUAGAAACUUUAUUUUUCUCCACUUUUGACUUGUCCAUUUCUUAUAAAACCAUUUCCCACCACGACUCUGCUCAUCUGAUCCAAGUCGUCUUUUCUGAUUCAGAUCAUGAAGAUCAUCAACAUCUCUUCAUAUCUAACCAUCAUCACUCUUCUAGUACUCACAACAAUCCCAUCAUCGGAAUCUUACACUAAUCACACAGUUGGUGGCGCUUCCGGUUGGUACUUCAAUCGCUCUUCCAACAAGUCUAUCACUGAUUACUCCAAAUGGGCUUCCGGCAAAACAUUCAACCUCGGCGACUAUCUCAUUUUCGAUACGAACACGAAUCAAACGGUGAUUCAAACAUACAACGAAACCGCAUACAAGAUAUGUAACGCAGAUGAUACGGACGCCGCGACUGUUUACAGCGGAGGAGCUGAGAUCGGGAAACAAGUGGUGUUGUCGGUUGCAUUGAUAAUUGAAGGUGAUAAUUAUUUCUUCUCUAGUGCUGAUGAUGGUGCGCAAUGUCAAAAAGGUAUGGCAUUUAAAAUUGAUGUGGAACAUGGUGUUGGAUUACCACCGAGUCUUAAUCAACCACCGCCACCACCUUUUGUUGAUCCACCACCGUCUGAUCAGUCAACCACUCCAUCUGAUACCACCAAUCCUAGUCCACAGGCUGAGAGAUUUCAUAAAAAUGGUGGACAAAGUGGGAGGAUCAUGGGAAUGCAGCACAUGGGGGUUGUCCCUUUUUGUGUUUUGUUUGGGUUCUUGGUUCUAGUACUGUGAGAUUUGAGAUCUUUUUUGGUUCUGGUUUUUCUUUACUUGUGAUAUGGAGGGGGGAUUAUUAUAUUCGUUGCAUUUUUGGAACAUUUGGAAUAUUGUGUCAAUAAUUAUAGCUUUACCGGUUUCCACGUUUCUUUA